CGAUAAUGGACGAGCAAAGUCUGCGCAAUCUACUGGGUUCGCUGGAUAACGAGGACUUAUCCGAGCACGGUUUCGUAACCUGUUCCAACGCAUUGAUCGAGUUGGACAUCAGGAAUGUCGAUCUUCCCGAAGAUCUUCAAAUCCUGCUGCAGUACAAAUUGACCCGAUAUGGGGCGCAGUACCUAGCAGGACCUCUCGAGUCAUCUACAUGGUCUGAAGCGGUAGAUCGCGUUCAAAAUCUGUUCCAGCGACUUCAAGGUCAACCGUCAGGCGAUUCGUUCAGCGUUGACGACGAGACGUUACUGCUGCUCAAGCUAAUCCACAACGAGUUGUGGUGCUUGGAGCGGGUUGAACAGUUGCAGAUGAUUCCGGUGAAAGAGGUCGCGUUCUGCUUGGCGCUGUUCCUGCUGGUGUUCAAGCGCGAGGGUGACUUCAAGGUCUAUCGGUUGGUGCUGAAUCGGGGCAGUGUGAUGGAGUUCUUGGAAGCGGUGGUGGUGGUGCUGCAGAAGGUUAAGGUGGAAGGUGUGCCGAGCCCUGGUGACUACCAGAGAUUUGUUUGUAAGAAGCAUAGAAAAGUGUUCAAAAGAUUAGCAAAAGUUUACGUAAUUUUGAACCGGCUGUACUGCAUGAAGAUCAUUCAGCGAGACAUAUCAGCAAUAAUCGAGAACGAUGUCGAUGAAGCAAUCAGGAAUACUUCAAUGGAUCGGUUGCUGUACAAAUUUAAACAACAUGCAGAGUUACUUAAAGUUCCUCUAGAUUUAAGAAAUCAUUGCAUAGCCUCUCCGCUUACGUGA